AUGGAUGAUCACACAGUAAGGGAACUCAUCUCUGGCUGCCCUUUAAUGGAGGAAAUCAUUCUCCUCCAUUGUCCGGGGUUCAAAAAUUUGCAUGUAUUUGGCCUUCAUAAACUGAAGGAACUGAUCCUGGAGGUGUCUAGGGAUGAUCAUCUUGAAAGGGUUCACACUGAAACCCCAAGCCUUCAAACUCUAUUUAUAGUUUCUACUCUCUGGGGUUAUACGCAACCAUGUACCAUUAACAUGGAUGCAUGCCAUGAUCUCAAAAGACUUACUUUGCAUCUAGUGUUGACACAGGAUUUCCAUUCCACAAACUUGACACUAAAUAUCGCAUUUUUCUUGUGGAUAAACAGGGAACUCAUCUCUAGCUGCCCUUUAAUGGAGGAAAUCAUUCCCAUCCGCUGUGCCGGAUUCAAAAAUUUGCACAUAUUUGGGCUUGAUAAGCUCAAGCAAGUGGUCCUGUUGCUGCCUCCUGCUGCUCAACUUGAGAGGAUUCACAUUAAUGAAGCACCUAGCCUUCAAAGUCUGUCUAUAGAUUCUGCAUCUCGGAGUAUGAACCUAUGUACCAUUGAUGUGGAAGAAUGUGCCAUCAUCUUAAAACACUUUCCAUUGAAGCUGAGCUCAUCACACGAAUUACACAUUGCCUGCAAAUGGAUAGGAAGGCUUACGAUUUCAAGUCACAACCUAAGAAGGUUGAAGCUACACAAGUGUAACAAGCUUGUGGAGGUUCAGAUUGAUACUCCGAAUUUACUUUCGCUUGAGUACGAUGGCAAAGUAUUUCCAUCUACUUUGAUAAAGAUAAAUGCUCCUUGUCCAUGGCACCUAAAGUUUCAGCUCUUCUUGGACACUUGCUUCGGCUCUCUUUGGUCCAUAAAGUUGAAGGAACUGCUAAAAAAGUCAAGUGGAGCUGUGUAUCUGAAUAUAAGGUUCGAAUUAGACAUGACAAAAAUUUUACCACAAAGCCCGGUUGCUUCAUCUCAGUCAGGGAAGGAUUUUAGCAAAUCUAGAACAAUGUCUUCGGUACUAGUUGGAGUUGAAAGGCUUAUAGUGGAGGUGAGGUCCUGUUACUCAAUUCAUAUGUUUCUUGUGGAGGGUUUGCUUUGGAGUUGUCGUCCUCGGAAUCUGUCUGUGAUGUCCAACGACAACGAGCACAAGAAACUUGCAGAGAAAGGAGAUGUGGAAUUGGAACCCCUUCUCAUCCAUACCUAA